UGUCACAAGAGAGCACAGGUGACUAAAAACACAAGCAGCGCUGCAUAAUCACAUCACGCAGAGCCCAAGGAAAACAAACACGACUGUGAACUUGGGAAACGGAUCUGGUAUUACACGCCUUUUUAUUUAUAUUUUAGACCGACAAAGACAGAACUAUAACUACCGGACAAGGAAACAAAAAUCUCACCGGAAAAAAAAUCAAGUGCAGCGAACUUGUACAAAACUUUGUACUUUCUGACCUUCAGCUGGUGCCUUAACAGUUGCAAUCCUCCCCGACUUCCCCCGAUUGAGAUGUAGAGUUCAGUGCAUUCAGUACAUUGAGAUCAAGUCCAGCGUUUUUACAUAAAGAGUGAUCUUGGCAGUGAAGAGGACUCUGCACCCCGCCCAGUCUCCUGCACCAUGGCCUCCCGCAUCGGCCUGCGUCUGCAGCUCAUGCGCGACCAGCUGCAGCAGGAGGAGCAGCGCGAGAGGGAGCAGCAGCAGCAGGCAGCCAUGCAUUACAUGCAGCAGCGCAUGCCCGUCCCGCAGACCCCCGCCAUUAACACUCCUGUCCACUUCCAGUCCCCCAUGCAGGUCCCAGUCGAGGUGCUCAAGGUGCAGACUCAUCUGGAGAACCCCACUAAGUACCACAUCCAGCAGUCGCAGAGGCAGCAGGUGAAGCAGUACCUGUCCACCACCUUCGCUAGCAAGCAGACAUUGCAGGCCGUGAGUGGGGUGCAGCCCUCCCCUCCGCCCCCCGUCCCUUCCCCCCACAUGAGGCCGGACCUUCUAGUUAACACCUCCGCAGGGAACAGCACCCCCAACAGCCCCAUGGCCCUGCUCAACAUCAGCGCCAACCCCGAGAGAGAGAUGGAUGAUGUAAUCGAUGACAUCAUUAGUCUGGAGUCCAGCUAUAAUGACGAUAUACUGGCUUACAUUGACCCUGUGCAGAUGUCAAACACACUGCCCCUCUCCAGUAGCCAUUUAGAUGUGUACACCGGCCCUGGGAUGGCCGGCCCCACCAUUGGCAUGACCAGCAACUCCUGCCCAGCGAACCUCGCCAUCAAAAGGGAAAUGUCAGAUGCAGAAGCCCGUGCUUUGGCCAAGGAGAGACAGAAGAAAGAUAAUCACAACCAGAUUGAAAGAAGACGGAGAUUUAACAUCAAUGAUCGCAUCAAGGAGUUGGGAACCAUGAUCCCAAAGACUAAUGAUCUGGAUGUGCGCUGGAACAAGGGGACGAUCCUCAAGGCGUCCGUGGAUUACAUCAAGAGGAUGCAGAAAGACAUGCACAGAUCCAGGGAGGUGGAAACCAACUUAAAGAGAAUGGAGAUGACAAACAAGCAGCUCUGGGUGCGGAUUCAGGAGCUGGAAAUGCAGGCCCGAGUCCACGGCCUCGCCUCCAGCUCCCCCUCGGGGCUGGGUGGGGUGGAGAUGCUGGGGCCGCUCAUUAAGCAGGAGUCCAGCUUGGAGGACAAGGCAUCGCUGGAGGCAUUUCAGCAGCACCAGCAGCAGCAGCACCAGCAACAGCAGCAGCUCACCCAUCCCGAGCAGCAAUACUCACAACACCUCGACUUCACACAGACACUGGAGCUCUGUGACAGCGCCGCCGGCUUCCACGACCCCCUCUCCCACUUCACCGACCUCACCUUCACCUCCCCCCACAAAAACGACUAUAUGCUCAUGGAGGACGCGCUGUCCCCCCUCGGAGGGGACCCCCUCCUCUCUGCCAUGUCCCCCGACCCUUCGGUUGUCAGCAGCCGCCGUAGCAGUUUCAGCAUGGAAGAUUCUGACGUCCAGUGACCACCGCCACCUCUCCUCCACCCCUCUUCCCACCGCAAGUGUGUGUGUGCGUGCACUGAAGGGAAAUUAACAUUGACCGCUUUCAUUUGACACUUUGACAGAUUUUUUAAAAAAAAGGUACGCUUUCUUACACUAGAAUGUUUGUUUUAAAAGGUGAACAUUAAAAAGGUUUCAUGUCCAAAUAGUACAAGAUAUAAACUUGAUUUCAAAUCAUGAAUGUGGAAACAAGGCAGAAGUCAAUUUUGAGAAUACAUUCAUUUGUUGUUGUUUUUACUUUCUGUAGGGAUAAGCAGAGAUUACAAUAGUUGGGUAAGUCAGAAUAAUGGAUAUUAACAGGUAACACGUACCUUGCGGUCAGUGUGUUAUAUAUAUUUAUUAUAUAUACCUAUUUGGACUCUUAAAAAAAAAUAUAUAUAUAUCUAUAUAUAUAUAUAUAUAUAUAUA